AUGUGGUGCAUCACCGUUCUCAAACAAGCACACGCCCAUGGAUUUAUAGCUCAUGAACACUGUUUAAUCGCGUUGAUUGAAGAGAUUCGGAAGUUUCGUCGCUGCCUUUUUUCUCUGACCAAUUACGAACGUGUCCCUAUUCCGUUGGUUUAUACUCAGGUAACCAACUAAUCAUGAUUUUUGUUAUCUUUCCAAGUUUUCAUAAUUAAAAACACACUUCACCAUUUCUCUCGGGUAUUUUCGUUUUUUCAUCUGUGACGUAACAAUACUGGAUGAUCAGUUGUUAGUGCCAUACUUUAGACUAAUGGAGCUUGGGCCGAGAUUGCUAGAAGUUUACCUAAAUUCAUUUUGGUGAUUAGGAAAGACCAAGUCUGAUUUUCUAAGACAGCACGUCCUUAGGUUCGUUCGACUGCUGGUUUAUCCUGCACAUGUCUGUAGUAUGCAUAUAUGCUGUCGGGCAAUUGACACUUUUUAAAAAUCACAAUGAAGGCUUUCUUACUUGCAGGUGGUUAACAUUGGAGUCUAUGCCUUCGUGAUAGUGUCACUUAUUUCUGGGCAAUUUGUCAAGACGUUGCCCGAAAUUCCAUCCAACAUUACUCUCAACGUGAGUACCUCGCAGCUGCAAUUCAAUUCAUCCGAAGCGACUGAGCUACCAGUGCCAACGAUAUACGUACCAAUUUUUUCUAUUCUUCAAGUUGCAUUUUACUUGGGAUGGUUAAAAGUGGCUCAAUCUCUCCUUAAUCCAUUCGGGGACGACGAUGAGGAUUUCGAUCUCAUACCACUGAUGGAACGGAAUUUGACACUCAGUCUCUGGAUGGUUGACCUACAGCACGCUAUGCCAAGACCUCAAACAACUACCGACACUACUCAGUCUCGUCGCGUUUCACUCGCAUAUCCUGUCGAUAAUCUCUUGUUCCAUCAGUAUGCAACUGAGGGUGACCCUCUGUUAGAGUUACUAACAUCAUCGAACGAUUUGCGUGUUCCCGAAACACUAAAUCCGCAUUCAGCAGAAGACGUUCAUGUCGGUUCAGCGGCACGACCAUCUGAACGUCGUGAAAGCAGAGUGUUGGAGGACAUCUUGAAUCUGGAAAGACGGGCCUCAAGAUCAGUAACAGUAAGUAAAAUUUGUAACUGUAGACUACAAAUGUUCAGUCUUGGCGCGCCACAACCCCGAAAGUCGUUAUUUAAUAAUAUGCUUGCUUUUGUACAUUCAGAAAAGCAACUUAUCUAGCAACGCCUCCUAUGCAGCUUUCGCGGUCACCUUGACCACUCUUUCACAUCACGUGGUACAGCUGUUUGAAUUUAUUGCACCGGAUAAUCACGCAGGAGCCCCCUUGGCUGGAAACAAACGUAUUAGCAGUAUUACUCGUGCGUUGUUGAUUACCACUUGCCCGUUAUUUGUCCUCUGGUUGCAAUCAGCAUUAAUAUCCAGCCACCGUCCUUCUCUAUAUCGAUCUCGUUUGCGUUUAAGAGGGGUUAACAGUUUAUUUUAUUAUGCUCCGUUAUAUCUGCACAGUUUUUUCUUAUGUGGGCUGGUGGCAAUUUACUUCAUAUUGUGCUUCCAAACACAUCAAACAGCCUUCAUUAGGUUUCAAGACUUCAGAGGGGACCUGUGCCGAAGCAGAUAACCAUAUUCGAAAAAAACGUCCUCACCAUCCUUUCGAGGGUAGUUUUCCAGCUCUGUUGCGCAUUCUUAUGUCUUUUUGACUUGGGGAGUAGUAACCAAACCUUAUUCCCUCACUGCUUUGCCCGUAUCUGAACGCCUUUUAGUAUCUGAGACGCCUUCUGAGAGCUGUUUAUCUGCUUCUAUGGGUGUUAAAUUCAAGAAACGGUCAAAAGUCGAUGCCAGGGCUCUUGUUUUCAGUAGUAUUCUUCGGAGAGUUGUUUUUUUUGUAUUUUCGGGAAAAGAAAUAUCACGCAGAUUAAGUUCGCAUGUAUCAAGUGGUAUAUGGAUUACAAUCAGUGACCGAUUUCAUUAAAUGCCGACCGAAAUUCUGAAAUCCGUUUUCGAUUAGGAAGGAUCACUUAGAUGGGGUUGUAAUAUUGAUUAUCAUGCGACAUGAUCCUGUAAUAUUUCGGACCUGCCAGAAAGUUUGUUUUUAAACGCACUUUCUUUUGACUUCCUGUAGAAUCCGCACUCGUUUAAACCUAAUUGUCUAAAUAUUAUGCAGUUUUCACAUUGAUUUUAGAUGCCUCAAUAAAUAUAAAUAUAUUUGGUAGAAGAAAAGCAUAAAAUCUUUUGUUUUCUGCUUAUUUGGUAGCUAACCACGCUGUCUUUACAUUUUGCAGACAGAGAAAAGAUAUAUUUAGGUUUUGAAGAGGUUUUUUAAUUUACAAACAAGUUUAUGAUAGAUCAGUCGUUGCAUUUGGCGUCUGGAAAUUUUAGUCUUCAAGAUGUAUACUUUUCGCGUAGGGAAAAUCAUAUAUUUCUCUAUGCCUUUAAAAAUAUACUGUGUAGCGCUUAUAAAAUUUUGCAAUGGAUACUGCUUAUGUUAUAUAUUUCAGAAAGAGGAUUAAUAAACGGACAUGCACGGUUCUGCAUGAAUGGGCCUUUCACGAUCUUAAAAAUCUCAUAAUAAGGGUCUUUUUCAAAACCUAAAGUUAACCUUUCUUCGAGCGCAAAAUUUGAAAAAGGCGUAACUUAAUUACUAAUAGGUGGAAGAUGGAAUAUACUUGUGCAUGUUUUCAAGAUAUAUUUUUAUUUAUUAGGACAUCAAAAAUCAAUGUGAAAAUGCUCACUAAUUAAUUAGUUAUGCUUAGCGAAGUACGGUUUCUGCAGAAGGUCAAAAAAGUGCAUUCGAAAGCCAACGUCCUGGCAAGUUCGAAAUGCUAAAGGGUUAUUUUGCACCAUAGUCAAUUUUACAAUCCUACCUAAGUAAUCCUUUCUAGUUCGGCCAACAUCUCAUGAGAUGGGUCGCUGACUCUGUGUCGGACAUCCAGAGUUCCGACUUGAGAGAAAUGAAAUCGAAAGUAAACCGCCUCCAGAAAUAAGACUGUAUUGGAACUUAACGGGGUCGAUAAGUAGUUGUUCAUGGUGUCUUUCUCCAUGCCUCCACGCUUUGUUCCAGUGGCGCCGAGAGCCGAGUUUGGUCGAGAUACGAUGUCCAUGCCUAGUUGUGGACCACAAUGAACCAAUCAGUCAAGUAAACGCUAAUUCCUAUGCAAGUCCCUUGGACAGUGAAUACAAAGCCAGUCGCACACCGGCGCAUCCGUCUUCUUUAUCCUACAGUCGAGCACACCUAACUGAGUUGAAGUCAUAGCGUACACAGCCGUUAUAUCCAAAGCUCCAUCUACGGCAUGAUUAGUUGGUGAAAUUGACUGAGCGAUCAGUUAGCAUAAAUGACCGUGUAUUCUGCGCCUACACUACACGCGGAGGAAAGCAAGCCCAGUUUCUCACCCAAGGGAAGGAGAGAAUGUUUUACGCAUGCCGUCUGCUACCCAGGGUGUCUUUCAACUGUCCCCAAAAGCUACAUUCGCGGAGAGGGAGUUGGCAAUUGCCGGCACAAGACCCCCAGAUGGCGUCAGAAGUGCCAGUCGGUUUCCCGUCGAUCUGGUGCACAUCUGCAUGCACGCACAUCUACAUGCGAGAUGUCUCCAGUUACAUGGGUGAAUUGCGCUCACUUAAUUUGCGUGAAGAAUGUUGCGUGCGGGUGUCUAGAACCAGAAAAGGACCUGAUCACGUACGUGAAUAGGCACUUAAACAGGGGGGACAAGUACAAUAGGUUUGUUAAUUCAUGAAAUGCCAUGAAUUAGCAUAAGAAAGUCCCUAUAACGCAAAAUCCGCACAACCUGCGUUCCCCAAAGUCUAACGGCGGUGAAAAACGACUGUUUUCAAAAAGAAGACACAGUUGGGUUUACAGAUUAAUAUUUACUAACGUAAAAAUAAUUAAUCAUCACUGAAAACUAGAAGUUUAUAAAAUGACUAUAUUACAAAAGGCUUAAAUAGGGCACAUAACGAAGGGGGACGCAUGAAAUGAUGGAAAUGAUGAAAAAUAAUAACGUACCCAAAAGAUCAGUAUUUUAUUGACUGUCCAUUUGCAUUGAUAACAUCAGAAGGUCUUUCGGACGUGGAGAUGACCAGGUUGGCUAUAGUGGAUUGUUCAGUGCGACUGUCCAGAAUGAAAUCAAGUUUUUCAUGCGUGGACAGUUUCUUAUUCGCCUUAUGGCAAUGUCUUUUGUUACGUGCGAAUAUAUGUUCGAUGGGAUUGAGAUCUGGACUGUUGGUAUGGAUGAAAAUCGACUGUAAUUCACAUGCGGAGAGGCUGGCUGUUGUCUAAAAAGUCAGAUUACGGUUUAAAGCGUUAUUGGUUUUAUACUUAUUUAGACCGAUGGACAGGUGCAUUUUCGGGUAAAAUUAUGGUAUGUUCGUUAACAGCACAAUGCACAUAAACGUAAAAUUUUAAUCAGCAUAUUUCCAUGGCGUAGUAAGUUGUCUGGAUGUCAAGAAAGGCCACAUUUUGCCCAAAUCGAGCCUGCUUCUCCUUAAUAAAAUUGACUUGAAGUGAACGUUUCUACACUAAAUGGUUCUCUGUGCCCCAAAUCACUUUCAUAAACACAAAAAAAACAACACCGAAUACAUGACAUGCUUCUUGCUCAAAUUUCGACCAUGACAUAUUUGUAAAAUAAUAUUUACUAACGUAAAAAUAAUUAAUUUUUUACUGAAAACUAGAAUUUCAGAAGAUGGCUUCAUUACAAAUCGCUUUAAUAGGGCUAACUUUAAGAGUGAAAAAUGAAGGGGACGCAUGAAAUAGUGAAAUUUCAUGACAAACACAAAAGAUCAGUACUUUGUAGAUUAUCCAUUUGCAUUAAUCGCGGCAGAAAGUCUUUCAGGCAUGAAAUGGUCAGAUUGUCUACAGUGGAUUGUUCAAUGUGGUCGUCUAACAUGAAGUCAAUUUUUUCGUGCAUGGACAGUUUCUUAUUCGCCUUAUGCCAAUGUCCUUUGAUGAAUGCGAAAACAUUUUCGAGGGGAUUGAGAUCCGGCCUGUUGGCAGAGCUGAAAAUCGACUGGAGGCCACACGCGGAAAGGCUGACGCUUGUCUAGAAAGUCAGAUUAGGGCUAAAAGCGUUAUCAGAUUCACACUUCGUUAGAACGAUGGACAGGAGCAUUUUCGUGUACUUCGUACUUUUCCGGUUUAUAUUAAUUUUCGUUCACAACCCACUGCUCAUAAACAUGAAGUUUUACUCUGCAAAUUUCCAUAGCGUAGGAAAUUAUUUGGAUGUAAUAAAAAGUGAGAUUUCGUCCAAAUCUGGUCUGUUUUCCUUUAAUAAAGCUGACUUGAAGUGAACCUCUCUUUAGUACGUGGCUUUGCGUGUCUUAAAUCCUUUUCGUAACCACAACAACACCAAAUGCAUGUCACACUUCUCGUUCAAAUUUCGAUUACGACAAUUUAUGAGUUAGACCACCUACUGUACAGUAGGACGGAGAUCUCUGUCUAUUGGAAUUGAUCGAAACUCACCCAACACUGACCACUACUUUCUGUUGAAUUUUUGUCCAGAUUUUCCGUGAAAGCAUUUUCAGUUUUCUUUGAAAAUUGCCCUUGGAAGUGUCCCCAACCUCAGUACAGUGCAUCAUUUUAAUGGAUUUUUGGGGCUUACACUGACUGAAACAUAUGUGCGGGAAAAGAAAAACUAGCUUCUUUUUUCAGUUUUUUCAUGAAAAGCUGCUUCCUCCUCAAAUUGUAUACUUUGAGGAAACAAGUACUCCAAAUUUUGGGGAAUUUCUCAAUAUCUCAAAAUUGUGAAACCCAGCCUCCACUUUUACAUGUGGAAUCUGUCUGAUAUUCAAGAAAGACCCCAACUAGUCAUGGAGGCAUCUCAAAAAAGUAUAAUAGCUGCACACUUUCAAGCCCAGGUCACCGUUCCUUCAAGUUAAAACUUUGAAAAGAAUUAUUCAAAAGCUGCCAAAACACCUACUUAUUACGUGAGCCGGGUAGUCAUCUGAUGGAUUCUAAGUGAAUUUCUUAGGAAAUCCUGCUUGGGCAGCCAAUUUAUUGUACCAGAUUUGGUGAAUUCUAGACGUUGCAGUAGGCUUGGCGGGUAACUUGACCCGGAAAUUUCAUUAAACUCACGUCUUCCAGUGGGGCCUCGUAACUCAGGUGUCUAAAGCGUUGGCUGUACUAAAGCAUUUCCUUGCUGUCAUGCGUUCAAAUCCCACCGAAUCACAGCUGCGGCAAAAUGAAUUAUCCGAAAUCUGCCAAAAAACCGAUUAAUUCUACCUAGAAUAAUCAUCGGAAAGACGUUAUCACUGUUUAUUCCUUCUACACAACCAUCAAAAACUUAUUGAAAAAUUCAGAUGAUUUAAUUAACUAACUUUUCUGAGUGUGAUUUACACAGAUAUUGUAUGACUGAUGCUUAUUCUAAAAAAAAGUACUGCUGUAAUAACGUGCGGGCGUCCUCGCAUGGGCUUCUUUCCUCAAAUAAAUAAUGUUUUUCACUUGGAAACCUGUGUAAAUGUUCGCUCACAGGUUCAUGAGUCUCGGUUACCUGUUUUAAUUAAGUAAUUAACUGUCUGUUCUACAAAAUACGGUCAUCUCCAAUCAACCUUAAUACUUGCCUUCCUAAUCCCUACACCAAUCCUUACCUUAACCCCCCCCCCCUAGGAUCUAGGGGAAGACCAUCUGUAGUACGGGUGGUCCAUACUCCCGUGACCAGUUUAAACAUAUGCCUAGUUUCAAAAAAUAUCACAUACGUCAAGCUCUUUGACUUUGCUCUUAAAUUCCUUCACAAUGUCGCCCUGAGGCACUCAAGUCGUGAACCAUCUUCCCCAUGGAUACCACAGGGGGUUUAUGCCAGCCUUGUUUCAACUGAACGCGCAGCAUUUUGGAAUCGUCUCGGUCUCUGGCGUUGACUUUGUCUGCAGUUCGAAGCAAAGCCUGAAUUGAAAACAAGCAUGUACAGCAGGAUUUAUUGGGGCCAAUAAAUUUCGUGACGGCUUUUCAACUGCAGCCCGUCUCUGCAUAACAUAGGUAACGAAUGAAAGCGCACAGCAGUAUGAAUUUGUACAGAAUGGCAGUGCAUAAGAGCAAGGUCAAAGUUCAAAACAAUCAAUAAUCAGAUGAGACGUCCACAUAAGCAUCAAAAAGGAAAGAGGGAGACGAAAUGUUAACAACAAAUCACAGUCAGGGGAAAAUAGAGGCGUAAGAUUACCAGGGCAAUUGCAGAUUGAUCACGUGAUCUAACUGCUUGCACAGGUCUGGUUUCUCCCUCCGUAUGUAGGCUGCUUCAUACCCGGGAAAAAAUGCUUCAAAAAAGCCUGAAUUAUAAAUUCAAUGAUCGGGGAAGUCUCAGCAGCUUAUUUUUUGAUCAUAUGGUCGGCUCUUUUUGCUAGGAGGCAAGAUGGGUUCCUCGCCCCCAAGCUUCCACCGCAUUGUUGCUUUUUAUUGGCGCCCAAGGCCACCCAGCUGGCUUAGCACAAAUAGCGCGUUUUUUAUUGCGUGUGGUACGCCUUAGGCCGAGUCUGACUAUGCGUUGCUCGAGACAGAACGCCUAACUCCCAUCAACCCGUAAUUACUCGUUCAUACUUGACCCAACGACAACAGUAUUAUUGAUCCACCCGCGCGAAUGGUUCUCACACAGUUAAUAGAAGAUCACCCACGAGGCGAUAACUGGUUUGUUUUCACAGACUAAGGACGGCAUUUAUUGCUCUUAUACCAGAAGGACAUGCGUACCUGAUCGGAACCAGGGAUGAAACUCGCAGUUUGUUUGUAGAAGUCGGAAUACCGCUUGACCCUGAUCACGGCUGCUGCGGGUAGGCACAAGCUCUUCGGUAAGAUGUGAUUUUGUAGCCCCACCUGAUGGACACAAUACUGUUGGGGUUAGGGUUCGGGGUUUUGGUCGGGGGUUAGAAUUAGGGGUUAGGGCAACUAUUUCUCUACCACUCAAAGUACAACCGCGCAUUUCCAAUAGCUUUUUCUGCAUACGAUUACUUGACCUCGUCGUCUGUGCGUUCCCCCGUCCCGCCUGUAAGAACCGCCUAUUACCACCAAUCCCGUAUUACAGAUGGCUGGGUUUUGUUUAUUUCAGGUGUGGCUACAUAAUCACACAUCUGACCGCAGUCCCCCUUAUUCAAAGCUCAUGCGGUCCAGUUUUCUGGUUAAGCCUUCUGACUCAGUCUCUAGUAAUCACAGGCAGUCUUCGUCAGGAUACAGUGGAGAACCCUUCACUGGGGAUGGGGAGUUCUCCACCUGCUCCUUGGCGUUCUUCGCCUGGUUGGUGUGUACUCAUAGAUUUUGACAGGCCUCUUUUCCCCGCCUGAGUAGUCUUUCUCUGUUGGCUUCUAUUUGGUCUAGUAGAUCAGUUUUUAUGACAAUCAGCGUUAGGCCUUUCCUUGGCUUCUUGGGAGGUGUGAGUGGCGUGAUUACGCGACCGGGCCAGUCAGCGUUAGCCGGGGCCGGUUGGCGAGACCCAAAAGCUGCCGCUCGUAUGCCACCUUCACCUCCUCCUCUCCCAGACCUCGCCUCGGCAAGAGCCAUUUGUCUUGCAAUGCCCCAAAUCUUGCACCUUACGGCGUUUGCUCCGCACACAUUCCCAAAAGCGCCUGCGCCAGUUCCUUGCGCAGGAGCAGCCUGAUCAACCCCACUUUCCCCCUUCUUCAUCUUUAGGCCCUGGUAAAUAUGCUGCGUCCGAGGAGUCACCGAGUGUCUACGCCAUCUUCGUCCCAUCUUCCCUCCAGUCGCGAAUCUCUGGCUACCGAUUUUUGA